GGCGAGCCAACAUUAACCUCUGAGUCGCCAUUUGAGAAUACAUAUUCAUAUGCAACUUGUUCAACGACUUGGAGAUUGAUUCUCAAAUUAUUAUCAAAGUCGCAUACAACAUCGCUACGAGCAAGAUCAGCUCCACAGAUAAUUGACCGUUGUUCUCAGAGCAUCAAGGUAUUGCGCCUCUCAGCCUCCAAACACCCUCUCACUACUCCGUACGCUUUAAGCUUUCAUUGCUUCACAGAACUAACCCAAAUACGCAGAUAAAAACGUUAGUCUUGGAUAAACAGACUAUUGAAGUCCUCUCAGGCGCACAAUAACAACCCUUGACGUCUCAUCUCACAACGCGACAAGAUGGCGGAAUCAAGAGAUAGCAAGUCGUACAAAUAUCGCCAGGAGAUCAGUCAAAUGAUGUACGUCUCCGGCGAAACCGCAGAACCACCCGUCGAAACAACAAGUAUCAUCGAAGAUAUCGUCCGCCAACAAGUCAUCGAACUCCUGCGAAACUGCACCGAACUCGCUUCGCGUCGCGGUUCUAAAUCCAUCAGCAUCAACGAUCUCAUCUUCCAGAUCCGCCAUGACCAGGCAAAAGUCUCACGUCUGCGCACAUUCCUCUCGUGGAAAGACGUGCGAAAGAACGUCAAAGAUUCUGAUGACAAAGGCGCUGAUGCCGAUAUCGCUGCUGGUGAUGACCCUGUGGCUGCGGGUGAUAACACAACGGAUGAAGCAGCCAAGAAGAACAAAAAGGCCAAAGUCGGGUUACCGUGGGAGCCUUCGUCGUACUACAACGUUGAGGUACCUGAGCGCGAGGAGGAGGAGGAUGAAGAGGAGGAGGAGAUGAACUACAUCACACUGCAGCGUCUGCGCAAAGCAGAUGAGCGCACCAAGGCCAUGACAAAGGAGGAGUACGUUACGUGGUCUGAAUACCGCCAGGCAUCGUUCACCUACCGCAAAGGCAAGCGAUUCCGCGAGUGGGCAGGCUUCGGCAUCGUGACAGACAGUAAACCCUCCGACGACAUUGUCGACAUUCUCGGCUUUCUCACCUUCGAGAUGGUCCAGACCCUCACCGAGAUGGCGCUCAAGGUCAAGGAGCAGGAAGAUCUGGUGCGUGCUCAAAACGGAGGCGAUAAUGUUGGAAACGCAAAGAAGCGGAAGCAUGAGGGCGCGUUGUUCGAUUUUCCUAGUGAGGGAAAGACGCCAAUCGAGCCUCGCCAUGUUCAAGAAGGAUCACGAAGAUUGCAGCAGAGGCCAAAGAAGUCGAGGGCCAUGCUCAACGGCACCAGAAUUGCACAACACACACCGCUCAACAUCUUCUAGUGAUACAUAUGUGCAACAAUCACGAGUCUAUUGUACGGCAAGGCGUUGGAUUGGGAACAUCACCAAUGUUAGGAUUGGUUAGUGGGAAAGGCGCAUGGAAAGGACAUUUGGAUGUUUAUUAAGGUAUUAAUUGAUAGACUGGUGCCAACAACUCGUCGGCUAUUGCCACACGUUUUUGACGACUUCCAUGCUGCAUCUCCCAACCCUAGUCUUUACUAACAGACAUAGCGCGUCGUCGAACAACUGCAGCAUCCUCACAGAGUCGUGUGCCAACUCUUUGUAAACUCAUGGGUAUAUCCUCCUCACUGUCACUAUCAGCCUCCUUCUCAUUAUCGUCUCUCCUAUGAUUCCGUCUCCUCGCAUGGCCUGCACGGAUUGUUUGCGUUCGCUGCAGUCCACUGGCUCUGCUCUCGACUGUUGGAACCUCCUCCGCCGGAACACCGGUCGUGCGGCUAUCAGCAGUCGGCACGCGAGACAGAGGCAUCCGUGUCAAGUGCUUACGCUCCCGAUAGUUACUAAGGGUAGGAGUCUUUAGUAGACCGCUGCGGAAAUCAUUAACUCCAACAAGAAUCUUAACAAGUUGUACAAGCUCUUCGAGAUAUUCGAUGAUCUCCAUCUGUCCAGAAGUGCUUGCGUUCCAGGAGAGAAAUCGUUUUUGGGUGAUGAGGUAUGCGACCUGCGCAGCAAGCUCCCCAUUCUCGUCAAAGACACUUGGUGGCUCCCCAGCGGGUGUCUGAGUGCCACUCCUGGACGCAAGAAUCUCGCGCACAUGGUUGACUAGGCGCAGUUGCGCGAGUCGACUUGACGGGAUAAACUGUGGCAGAGGUGUCCAGGUAAUGAACGCCUCGUAUACCGUAAAAAGUACCAGCAUGAUACUGGCCGCCACAUUCCGUCGAUAGGCGUGGACUUGAGGAUUCAAGUCUUCCAAAAUAGACGAACCAUACUCUCUCCGUAGCAUCACGACGUUUUCCAUCCUAUCGAUAAUUUGAUGCAACACAUAGAAGAUCUCUUUGUAGACAGGCACGAGUGGUUUAAAAUCACCCUUAAGACGCGGCUCAGUAACGGAGAAUGGAAGAAACGUCUCAGCCGCAGCCAGAGCUCCUCGUGCUUUGUUUGUGGCACGACGGAAGCGCUUGUUGAGGUCAGGAUUCCGGAAAUUUGGCUUGAUGGGCUCGUCCAGGCCAACAGCCAUUGCGGCUUGCAUAUUCUGAACCUGUUUGACCGACGCUGCGAGCGACUCAACUAGUCGAUCCCUGGCUCUGACUGGGUAUAAAAUAAGUUCAAUCAGCAGCGCAGUGGUCCCCCCGAUGAUAAAGGCACACAAGCGCUUAUAGAAAUAAUGAUAAGCGGACUCGGUGCCGUUAACCGCAGCUAG